AGAGCGAGGAAAAAAUGAGGCACCGAAUCGUCCUCUCCUCGGGACUGCUAAAUUGUGGUGCAAUUGCACCAAGAAAAGCGCGCCCAAACCGGUCGAUUCCUAUUCACAAGAUCAUUAUGGUUCAGAGCAUCAACGUAUCCGGAAUCGUCAACGCAUUUCGAGUGCUUUGGAAUCCAAGCUUGGCAGUACCUCAUAUUAUUGUCAAUGAUAUCCGCAGUAUCGACUUUCGCCAAUUGAAAAAUAAAGGAGGGAUCCAAGCUAUUGCCUUUGAUAAGGAUAAUUGCCUUACCGCACCUUAUGUACCCCAUAUUCAUCCACCUUUUGAGAAAGCAUGGGCCGAGUGCAGACAAACCUGGGAUAAAAACAAGAUCGUGAUCGUCUCCAAUUCAGCCGGCACCAACGACGAUAAAGAUUACAAAGAAGCCGACAAACUUGAAGCAUCAUUGGAUGUUUCCGUAUUACGCCACGCUGAAAAGAAACCGUCGGGAGGCGAGGCUCUUGCAAAGCAUCUUGGACCGAUCCCAGCUUCGGAGGUGGCCAUGGUAGGAGAUCGAAUUUUCACCGAUGUAGUCUUUGGUAACUUGAACGGCCAUCUCACCAUCUGGACACGCCAAGUCAUCACCGAAGAUGGCGACAACAAACCUGCUCUCUUUUUACGUCGCAUGGAACAUCGUUUGAUUGCCUUUUUGCAUGCACGGAACGUUCAACCUCCUCGACACCCACUGACUUCCAAGCUUGGCAACGACCCCAACCCAUUUAUCCAUUGAACCAAUCAUUCACCAUACUGAAUUCCCACGCAACGAAGUUGGUUGGCGGCACGAGUAAAGAUGUGUUCAAGGUUCAAGGGUCCAAUAUAUUCUGGAGGGCUUGCGUGCGCACAUUUGAGACGCCACAUGAAGAACGCUUCGUAAAAUUUCGCUGAAUCCAAAUUUUAAUAAAGAAUAACAAACAUUUUGUCUCGACCAUGUCGAUGUGUCCAGUGUAGCUUCAAAUGAUAAACGUUGUGAAGGUG